UGGGAUGCCAUAACUGAAAUGGAUGAACACAAUCGUCCCAUUCAUACUUACCAGGUAUGUAAUGUGAUGGAACCAAACCAAAACAACUGGCUUCGAACAAACUGGAUCUCCCGUGAUGCUGCACAGAAGAUUUAUGUGGAAAUGAAGUUUACCCUGAGGGACUGCAACAGUAUCCCAUGGGUACUGGGAACCUGCAAGGAAACUUUCAAUCUCUACUACAUGGAGUCAGAUGAGUCUCAUGGAGUAAAGUUCAAGCCAAACCAGUACACUAAAAUUGAUACUAUUGCAGCUGAUGAGAGUUUUACCCAGAUGGACUUGGGUGACCGCAUUCUUAAACUCAACACAGAAGUUCGUGAGGUUGGGCCAAUAAACAAGAAAGGAUUUUAUCUUGCUUUUCAAGACAUUGGAGCAUGCAUUGCUUUGGUUUCAGUCCGUGUUUAUUACAAAAAGUGCCCUUUCACGGUCCGUAAUUUGGCUAUGUUUCCUGAUACUAUUCCAAGGGUUGAUUCGUCCUCUUUGGUGGAAGUACGGGGCUCCUGUGUGAAGAGUGCUGAGGAACGUGAUACUCCAAAAUUGUAUUGUGGAGCAGAUGGGGAUUGGCUUGUGCCUCUAGGACGAUGCAUCUGUAGUGUAGGAUAUGAAGAAGUGGAUGGCUCCUGCCAUGCUUGCAGGCCUGGAUUCUAUAAAGCAUUUGCUGGAAAUGUAAAGUGUUCCAAGUGCCCUCCGCACAGUUUGACUUACGUAGAAGCAACUUCUGUCUGUCAGUGUGAGAAAGGUUACUUCAGAGCUGAGAAGGACCCACCAACUAUGGCAUGUACCCGGCCACCUUCUGCUCCGAGAAAUGUGAUUUUUAACAUUAAUGAAACAGCUCUCAUGCUGGAAUGGAGCCCCCCAAGUGAUACCGGAGGAAGAAAAGAUCUCACGUACAGUGUCAUCUGUAAGAAAUGCGGGUCGGACACCAGCCAGUGUGAGAUUUGUGGGGGAGGUAUCCGUUUCAUCCCCAGGCACACAGGUCUCAUCAAUUCUUCUGUGACAGUGCUGGAUUUUGUGUCACACGUGAACUACACCUUCGAAAUAGAAGCCACAAAUGGGGUCUCGGAGCUGAGUUUCUCUCCCAAGCAGUUCACAGCUAUCACGGUUACCACAGACCAAGAUGCACCCUCCUUGAUAGGUAUGGUAAGGAAGGACUGGGCUUCCCAAAACAGCAUUGCCCUCUCCUGGCAAGAGCCGGACUUUCCCCAUGGAGCCAUUCUGGACUACGAGAUCAAGUACUAUGAGAAAGUCUACCCACGGAUAGCGCCGGCAUUUUGGCACUACCUGCGGGUAGAAGAGCAUGAGCAGCUCAGCUAUUCCUCCACAAGGUCCAAGGCUCCAAGUGUUAUCAUCACAGGUCUCAAGCCAGCCACCAAGUAUAUAUUUCAUAUCAGAGUCAGGACGGCAGCAGGAUACAGCGGCUAUAGCCAGAAGUUUGAAUUUGAAACUGGAGAUGAAACUUCUGAUAUGGCUGCGGAGCAGGGACAAAUUCUUGUAAUUGCCACUGCUGCUGUUGGUGGAUUCACUCUCCUGGUCAUUCUCACUUUGUUCUUCCUGAUCACUGGGAGAUGCCAGUGGUACAUAAAGGCCAAAAUGAAAUCUGAAGAGAAAAGAAGGGCUCAUUUGCAAAAUGGAGAUUUACGUUUCCCAGGAGUCAAAACAUAUAUUGAUCCAGACACAUAUGAAGACCCAUCUCUUGCUGUCCAUGAAUUUGCAAAGGAGAUAGAUCCUUCAAGAAUUCGUAUUGAGAGAGUUAUUGGGGCAGGUGAGUUUGGAGAAGUAUGCAGUGGACGUCUGAAGACACCAGGAAAAAGAGAGAUACCUGUUGCAAUUAAAACUCUAAAGGGCGGCUAUGUGGACAGGCAAAGAAGAGAUUUCCUGAGAGAGGCUAGUAUCAUGGGACAAUUUGAUCACCCAAAUAUAAUUCGCCUUGAAGGAGUUGUUACAAAAAGCAGACCAGUAAUGAUUGUAGUUGAAUAUAUGGAGAAUGGAUCCCUUGACUCCUUUCUGCGGAAGCACGAUGGCCACUUCACAGUCAUCCAGCUGGUUGGCAUGCUGCGGGGGAUUGCAUCUGGCAUGAAGUACCUCUCGGACAUGGGCUAUGUACACCGUGAUCUGGCAGCCCGUAAUAUCUUGGUGAACAGUAACCUCAUGUGUAAAGUCUCCGAUUUUGGUUUGUCACGAGUGUUAGAGGACGAUCCUGAAGCUGCUUACACAACAAGCGGUGGAAAAAUCCCCAUAAGGUGGACUGCUCCUGAAGCUAUAGCUUACCGGAAGUUCUCUUCGGCAAGUGAUGCGUGGAGCUAUGGGAUUGUAAUGUGGGAGGUGAUGUCCUAUGGUGAGAGACCAUACUGGGAGAUGUCCAACCAGGAUGUGAUACUGUCUAUUGAAGAAGGCUACAGGCUUCCAGCCCCCAUGGGCUGCCCGGCUUCUCUUCACCAACUAAUGCUUCACUGCUGGCAAAAGGAGAGGAACCACCGUCCAAAAUUUGGUGACAUUGUCAGCUUCCUAGACAAGCUGAUCCGCAAUCCGAGCACCCUUCAUACCCUAGUGGAGGACAUACUUGUAAUGCCAGAUUCACCUGGUGAAGUUCCAGAAUAUCCUUUGUUUGUUUCAGUCAGUGACUGGCUGGACUCCAUAAAAAUGGGUCAGUAUAAAAAUAACUUCAUGGCAGCAGGUUUCACUACUUUGGAUAUGGUUUCAAGAAUGAGUAUUGAUGACAUUAGAAGAAUUGGAGUUGUACUCAUUGGACACCAGAGACGAAUAGUCAGCAGUUUACAGACUUUGCGGUUACACAUGAUGCACAUACAGGAGAAAGGAUUUCAUGUAUGA